AUGUGGUCCAAUCUUCCUUUUGUCCUGGGUGGAAUCUUGGAGAUUAUCGGCUACGUCUUUCGAGCGGUAUCAACAUACUCCACGGGUAAACUGGUACCCUACAUUAUGCAAGAUAUAUUUCUGGUCUUACCCCCAGUCUUCUUCGCUGCAACACUUUACAUGACAUAUUCCCAUAUUGUCAGAGCCAUCCACGGCGAACCCUUUUCGCCCAUUUCCAUGCGCUGGGCCACCCGGUUCUUCGUCACGGGAGAUAUUGUGUGCCUAUUGAUCCAAGGCAAUGCUGCUGGCCUACUCGCCAAGCCAGAAACCACGAAGACGGGCGACUACAUCAUUAUUGCGGGACUGGUUUUGCAAAUCUUCAUAUUUGUCUAUUUCUUGAUAUGCUGUUUGCUGUUCAACAUUAGGUUUCGAGUGCAAGUAGGUGAGACUGAAGUCACAGCCCAUGUUCCAUGGCAGGCAUGUCUUAAUAUGCUUUAUGUCACAUCGACGGCUAUCUUAGCGCGGAAUAUCUUCCGGGUGGUCGAGUUUGCCAUGCAGUCGGUAGAUGAUGCUAGCUAUCUCGUCACCCACGAAUGGCCGCUGUACGCAUUUGAUGGCGCGUUGAUGUUGUCCUUGAUGGUCGUGUUCUUUUUCUGGUACCCAAGUCAACUUCAUGCUAAGUUGAGAGGCUCGAUGGUGGAGCUCACGACCAGUGAGACUCCAUUCGCGGAUCCACGUAUUGAACCUUGA